UUUGAGCCGGAGCUAUGGCUUUAUCGAUAAGGACUUUAAGCUCUUUUCCCACUUGGCUUCGUAAAUCUUGAACUUCAAGCAACUUUCCGGCAUUACGACACUUCAUUCCUCGCCAAUUGCGCCCGAGUUGACAUAUUUGCUUACGCAGAAACAAUGUCACUGCGCAUCGCGCCACGAAAAAUGGCAUCAAGCGCCCUCCCUCGACCUUCUCAUUACGAAUGCCCUCUCCGCAGCCAACGAUCCUCAAAAUGCGCAUUCUCAACAACACAACCCUCCAACCGACGCCCCCGAAUACCCAGCCCAGUCGACUUUGUCAAGCCCGGCGAAAAGCCCGCCAAGAUGACCAUAACCCUAACAACACCCGAACAAUCAGCCGAGAUCGAAAAGAGCCUCAUCGAAAAGGCUACAAAAAUCGCACAAGAACGAGAAGAGAAACUACGACAGGCAAGAUCAGCACGACUAGGAAAGCUUUCUGCGGAUGCAAAGAAGAGUCCAGAGGCAAGGGCGAAUAUGGCGCCUAGCGAGAGGAGGACGGGAUGGGCUGAGUACGAUCGGAGGGAAAAGGCAAAGCAGGUUGAGGAGAGAACGAAUGAGGCUGAGGAGAAGAAGAAGACUGGGUUGACGAAGGAAGAGAGGGAGAAGGCGGAGAAGGAGGAUUAUAAGAGGAGGUAUAAACAGUUGGAGAGGAAUUGGCUUAAAUUUAUGGUUGGGAUGCCGAUUUUCUUGGUUACGAGUUAUGAUCUGUUCCAAAGACUUGUUAUGAAGAGAGAACCCAAGGUCCCGCCUUGGAAACAGGCAAAUAUCAAUAAGGAGAAGGAGGAGAGAGAGAAACUUGAGAUGGAGAGUGGUGGGAGUGUAGGUACGAGUGAAGGAGGGGUGUAAUGGGGACUUGCGGCUCGAUGCUAAAGUCAAAGACAAGCUGUCAGCCAGCGCUGCUAAAAGUUCAAUAGUGUUGAGGUGUAUAUUAUUGUAAUCUAGCGUGUACGAGAUGUUGGAUCUUGAAACGAAGAUACGAAAAAGCAAGGCGCCACGGCUAGAAAGAAAGGUGGUGUUGUGACAUGGACAUUAAUAUCCGUCUGACAGCGGACUCGCCAUGAACAAAGUGGAAAUAACAGACACAGAUCAACAAUCUGUCUUUAUCAUUCUUGCGAUUAUAUGGUUGCUGGGUAUGGGCUUCGCAACUGGCUCGGUAGAUCGAUCAGGGACAAGUAAAUGGUUGCCCAAGUCAUAGUGUAUAUAUCAUAUGUCCAUCUAAAAUAGACA